AUGUCUCAGCUGGCGUCGAGGAGCCUUUGUUGCAUUCCGCAUUUCUCAUGCGAAAUAUUGCUCAAUUGCAUCGCGAUCCGCGAUAUCUCCCAAGCUGAGAAGGAGUUCGACGUUUUCGGCUCUCCGGAUGCCCAGCUAAGAGUAGACCAUGCCAGAAAUCCCACUGUCUGGCUGAUUAAGUCGCUAGGUGGUUCCCUGAUCCACAUAGGUCAGCGAUUGCUUGUGGUGACAGCUUGGCAGGACCCGGCAAGGCUGCUAAGUAUUGGAUUAAUUUAA